CCUUCACUAUAAUAAACACAAUACAACUUAAUUUGAAUUCUAGUACUGAAAAAUGGGUUCAAGAGUAGCAAUACUCAUGCUUGGCCUCUUGGCCAUUUUUCUUAUAUCUUCAGAGGUGGCUGCUAGAGACUUAGCUGAGGCUUCACCUAACAAGGAUGAAGCUGGCACAGAGGCAAAUGAAGUGGGUGAGGCCAAGUACGGAUACGGUGGUGGUAACUAUGGCCACGGUGGUGGAAACUAUGGCCACGGUGGUGGAUACCCCGGCUAUGGUGGCGGAGGAUACCCUGGCCACGGUGGUGGAAGCUAUGGCCAUGGUGGUGGAAGCUAUGGCCACGGUGGCGGAGGGUACCCCGGCUACGGUGGCGGAGGAUACCCUGGCCACGGUGGCGGAGGAUACGGUCACGGUGGCGGAGGAUACGGUCACGGUGGUGGAGGGUACGGAGGAGGAGGAUAUUGCCGUUACGGUUGCUGCGGCGGUGGAUACGGUGGACGUUGCAGGUGCUGCUCUUACGCCGGUGAAGCUGCUGAAGCUGAACCUCACAACUAAGGCAGUGUUUAUUACAUAUUAUGCUUCAAUAAUAUGUAAUAAAUUAUUAUUAUUAUUAUUAUUAUGGCGUUUCAGUGAAUAAAUGAAGCUCGUGAGACGAGAGACAUACACAUGUAGAGAAAGAGAGAAAUAGUAGAUAGGACUAAAGGCUAUUUUUGUCUUUUUCCUUGAAUGCUAUGAUCGAUCUUUCUCAUGAUCUUAGCUGUCUUACUCUCUCCGCGAGUGAAAUGUUGAAUGUAUAUGCAUCACUAUGUUUCUGUCAUAAUGAAAAUAGUAACCACAGUUAUUCUCAACUA